UCAUGUACCUUUCAGCAAGAACACAAGGAAGACUAGCAAACUUAAUCAUCACGAUUGCAGAAGGAGAAAAGAAAACAGAGAUGGUACGUUAAGUGUUGGCAGAACAAAAGAUGUUUGAACCAUAUACUGCCUUCAGGAGAUUGGAUUAAUUGAGAACAGGAGAAUUAACUGUUUCUGACAUAGUUGAGUUCUUGUCAGAUAAUAAAAUUUAUCCAACCAAGGCUCAAUCUGAUUAUUUGUUUAGAAGACUUGAUCUUAAUAGAGAUGGAAGAAUCACUUAUCCUGAGUAUUAUAUAUUGUAAUCUGAUUAGCUUCGUCAAAGCAGUUUUACCAAAAGAAGAUUCUAGAUUGAGACAAAUUGCAUCACUUAGAGACAGUUAUUAUAUUGAAGUUAAUAUGUUAUUACCAACAGAAAUAGAAUGGGGACUUUCUAGAGUAUUCUAAUAAGAAAUUUAAAACUAUAAGUAUUUUUAUAAUUUGAAAAUAUAGUUCAAUAACUGCUUCCUAAGAAAUAUUAACAGCAAGUGCUGAUUUUACAUCUUUGGAUGCCUUUAGAUGUAUUGAUUAAGUAUUUUUGGGUUACAUAACAAUUGAUACGUAAUAAUUUUUAUAUUAAAUUUUAGUUUAUAAGAUUUCUUAAGAUAAAAUGGAGCUAAAUUGUCAUUUGAUGAAUUGACAGCCUUUUUUAGAGUUGUAGAUUCAGAUGAAGAUGGAAGAAUAUCUUAUUCUGAAUUAUUAGAGGCUUUAACUUUUAUUCCAGAUUUCUUUUAGCAAGAGAGAUAAAUAGCUAAUGAAUUAAGAAGGAGUAGAGAGAGAAUCAUUCAAAUUGAAAGAGAAAGAGAAGUCUUAGAAGAUUUAAAGAAAAGUAGGGAGCGAGUAGAGGAUCUGAGAAGAAGCAGAGAAAGAUUGGAAUAUAUGUAGGAUUUAUAAAGAAGUAGAGAAAGAGUUGAGUAAAUUGAUGAAUUGAGAAAAAGUAGAGAAAGAUUGGAUGAUCUUAGAAGAAGUAGGGAAAGAUUAGAGGAUUUAAAAAGAAGUCGAGAAAGAUUAAACUAAUUGGAAGAACUAAAAAGAAGUAGACAAAGAUUAGAAGAAUUAGAAGAAUUAAAAAAAAGCAGAGAAAGAUAAGCUUAAAUUGAUGAAUUAAGAAAAAGUAGAGAAAGAUUAGAGGAUUUAAGGAGGAGUAGAGAAAGAUUGGAGUAAUUAGAAUAAGAGAGAAAGAAUUAAGAGAAGAUUGAAGAACUUAGAAAAUCAAGAAGUAGGAUAGAAGAAUUAUAAAACUAGAGAAGAAAAAUUGAAGAAUUAAGAACAAGUUAAGAGAGAUUAGAAUAAUUAAAGAGACAAAAAGAAGAAAUUGAAUUAAGAAGAAGUCAAGAGAGAUUAGAAGAUUUAAGAAGAAGUAGAGAAAGAUUAGAAUAAAUUGAAGCUUUGAAAUAGAGUAGAGAAUAGUAAAGAGCAUUGGAAGAAUUAAGAUAAAGCAGAGAGAGAGUUGAAUAGUUAAGAAAAUCUUAAUUGAGAAUUGAAUAAUUAGAAAAUGAAAGAAAAGUUCUUGAAAGAAGUAGAUAAUUAGAUAGAGUUGAAAGAGAAUUAGAAUAUGAAAGACAGAGAAGUAAAGAGAGAUUAGAGAGAUUAGAGUUGGAAGCUCAAUUGGAAAGAAGAGCUAGAGAUAGAGCAUUAGAAUAUGAUUUAGCUGCAUAAAGUAACUUUGUUCAAAGCAGAAUAUAUGAUACUCCUAAAAGAUACAAAUGA